CUUCGUUCAUUCUCCAACACUUGGCCUAACCCAGCCACCGUUCUUCCUCUUCUCCUCAUCCAUACACCUCUCUCUCUAUGGACCAUCUCCUGACUCGACGGAUGCCCUCGCCACAUUCGCAAUGUGGUUCGGACGAGAGAGGCGGCGUGUAAUCACCAUCCUCCCCCACCUGCUUCUUCUUCUUCCUCUCUCGGCAAAUCGUGCGCUCGGCCAAGCUGAUGCUAGCGCCUCGACAGCCCACGAUGCCGCAAAAUCGCCUCCCACUACUGUCCCCUCUGCCGAGCUCACUUGCGCCUCGAAGACGGUGAACUACAUCACCCACACACUGCCCCAGCAGUGUCUUACCGCCAGCCCCUCGCCUCUUUCGACUCCCGAGUCCUCGAGUGCCGCCGCCGCCGCUUCUCCCAGCGCUGCCGAGUCGACAGCCGAAGCCGCCGCCCACGAUGACCUCGACGCCGACGGCAACGACCUCAGCACUGGCGCGUUCAUGUCCUUCGAGCAGUGGAAGGCCAUGAUGCUCGAGAAAUCCGGCCAGGACGCGCUGGAACCGAGGCAUCACAAAUCUAGAGACACCCACGGCGGCGUCUAUCCCGGCGAAGACUUCGAUAGUCUCGGCGACGAAGGCGAGGUUUCCUUCGACUUCGACGCCUACUCGGACAGGAUCUCCGAGAUCACCUCGGCUACCCGGCCCUCUCAGAAGGAGAAGGAGGCGGAGAGGCAGGACGACAAGGUGACGUAUGACGAAGGGCUGGCCCAGGGCUACCGGAGCAAGGAUGCGGGGACGACGUGCAAGGAGAGGUUCUCGUACGCCUCCUUCGACGCCGGCGCCACCAUCAAGAAGGCGAGCCCGGGUGCUAAGAACCCCAAGGCGAUCCUAGUCGAGAACAAAGACUCGUAUAUGCUCUUAGAGUGCGCCAUGCAGAACAAGUUCUUCAUCGUCGAGUUGAGCGAUGACAUCCUAGUCGAUACCGUAGUCUUGGCCAAUUUCGAGUUCUUCUCGAGCAUGUUACGCCGCUUCCGAGUUAGCGUUAGCGAUCGGUAUCCCGUCAAGCUAGACAAGUGGAAGAUACUGGGCACCUUCGAGGCUCGUAAUUCAAGAGAUAUCCAGCCUUUUCUCGUCGAAAACCCCCAGAUAUGGGCCAGGUAUGUCCGGGUCGAGAUCCUAAGCCACUACGGCAAUGAGUACUAUUGUCCCGUGUCCUUGCUCAGAGUCCACGGUACACGUAUGCUCGACUCUUGGAAAGAGGCCGACCCAGCCGAUCUCGAGGUCGAAGACGAUCAUGCCAAGGCCACCCCCGAAGCUUCAGGGGAAUCUACCGACAUAGUCGAUGCCCCAGUUGAGGAGGCCGAAGUAGUUGCGCCCAUCCAGCCUGAGAACCAGACGAUUUCCCUAGAGCAGAGUGACUGGGUGCCCUACUGGGAGAAAUCCUAUUUCCGCCAUCAUUACCCGUUUAAUCCCACUUGCGCUGCAACCGAUGCAAGAUAUUACACCCUCAACCCUAGUGAUGACAACUAUGAGCGCAACACAUCAGCAGCAGUCGGGUCAACUAAACGGGUGGCAUCACAUAACUCUAGCACCUCCUUCUCGGGAGCCAUCUCGACGGGAACUGCUGGGAGGGCGGCGGCUAGAACAGCCGACUCGGCCUCCUCAGGCGGAUCUGAGGAGGCCUCGAUGAGCACGGCCGUUGCAAAUGCGACGGGAUAUACGUCAACGGUGACAGCGCCCUCAGAAUCGAGGUCGGGGUCUGCAACGCCGGCAACGACGACGCCUACCACGAUUGUACCUCCGGCUGCAGGCAAGUCCGGUAGUGCGCAAUCCGUCUCGAAAGGCAGAACAGUCGCUCCGACGUCUAUGAGACCUCCGUCUUCGAGAUCCACAGGUUCCAAGGCGCAGCAACAGCCCUCCGGUUCUCCCACCACCCCCCGCAAUAAGACCACGACGGCGUCCUCCUCGGCCAGCCCGGCGCCCACGGUCCAGGACUCGUUCUUCAAGGCGCUGACGAAGCGGCUCCAGACGCUCGAGUCGAACACGACCCUGUCGCUCCAGUACAUCGAGUCGCAGUCCAAGUUCCUGCAGGAGGCCCUCGCGCGGCUCGAGAAGCGCCAGGUGGCCAAGGUGGACUUGUUCCUCGACACGCUCAACAAGACGGUGCUCGGCGAGCUGCGCGAGGUGCGGACGCAGUACGACCAGGUCUGGCAGUCGACCGUCAUCGCCCUCGAGACGCAGCGCGAGCAGUCGGAGCGCGAGAUCGUCGCGCUCAGCGCCCGCCUCGGCGUCCUCGCCGACGAGGUCGUCUUCCAGAAGCGCAUGGCCAUCCUCCAGAGCGUCCUGCUGCUCGGCUGCCUCUUCGUCGCCAUCUUCUCCCGCGGCGCCGCCGGCAUCGAGUCGUACUACCCGAGCCAGUUCCUCGGCACCGCCGGCGCCGACGGCGCCGACAUGGAUACCGGCGGCGGCGGCAACGGCAGCCGCCGUCGCGGCCUGUCGUACUACACCAGGCUCGCCUCCCCCAUCUUCCCGACGACGCCGCGGGCGCGGCAGCAGCAGCACCAUUCCCACUCCCACCACCACCACGCCGCCGGCGCCGGCGCCGCCAAGGACGCCCACGCCCACGCCCACCUCAUGGCCGUCAUCGAGACCGCGAGCCCCCCGACGACAAACGGGACGCCGCCCAGCGUCGGCCGCGGCGACGCCGCCGGCGCGAGGGACCUGGACGGCUCCCCGCCGACCGAGCCGUACUACCCCGACCACCUUCACCACCACCACCACACCCAUCACCACCAAGCCCAUCCCCGCGCCGAAGACACCACCCCGAACCAGACGCCGCACUCCACCGCCUCCGCCCCGGCCUCCACCUACCCCUCUCACCUCCGCCGCCACGGGUCCUGCCCGUCGCCCGACAGGACCGCUGCUGCUGCUGCUGCGGCGGCGGCGGCGACGGCGUCCAAACUCGACGCCAGCAUCGACUUCGCCUUCCGCCCCGCCACGCCCUCGUCCACGCCCAGCUUGCCCGACGCCGCCUACGACUCGGAGCCCGCCACGCCUACCACCCGGAGGAAUCGGGGCCUCCGCCCCCCUGCUGCCGCCGAUUCCGGCGGCCCUACGCCUGCUAUCGCUACUGCCAAUACGAUAACUACUACCGCUACUACUAUUAACGCCGUUUCCGAUGAGGAUGGGAGGGGCGUCGCCGAGGGAGGCAACCCGUCGACAUACGCAGAGGCCAUGGCUAGGAGGUCAGAGAGGCAGCUAACGCCGUCGGAGGACGACGAUAUCGAGUACGCUCCCUCUUUAACGAGUAGGUCGACCUCAGUGCACGCAACACGAAAGCCUCUACCUGCGUUACCAGAAGACCCGGAUUGAUAAGGGUGAUUUACGUAUACAGCCGUUCUAAUGAAUACGAAUGACGAGAUUACGAUUGAGACUACACUGCCUAUGCAUCGGUGUCAAACGUGUAUCUAGUUGCAUUAAGCCACACCACUGCUAUCUAUCAUGCGUACUAACAGAGUUAAGCAUAAAUAUAAAAGCAAAUCGCAGUCGACUAUGGAGGUCGAGCCUAAAGCUGCGCCAUUUCCCCACCAAUCUAGUUGUCUUUUCUCGCCCAAGACCUUGCGGGACGCUGCCGGGGCCAACCAACCCGAGUU